AAUGACGUCGCGCUGUAAACACGACUGACGCUCAGCUGCGUGGCCGAAGCAUCCUCAAAGAGCCCGAGAAGACCUCUCCAGGUUCCUGUGUUUAUUUCUCGACGGGACUACUGAAAGGCAUUAAAAUAACGGGGGUUCACCUCCUCGACUCUCAUAUGCGGUCUCCAACACUAAGACGACGUUGCUGCAUCUGUGCUACGAAGUGCCAUGGCUAGAAAGACGGACAUCCCCUCCUCUUACUAUGGUGAGCCGAUUCGUCUUUGUUGUAAAUGCCAGGAUAAUUUUCCCCCUCUGUACUGUGUACCGUUAUGACAACCGUGUAUAACAAUAUUCGGUGUAGCCUAGAGGAUAUUUGACUCUUUGCUGAGAUUUACGGGGACAUUAGCCAGCUUAUUUACAGUUGCUAACUGUUCGGAGGCUAUUUUAACGGCUGACAUGAGAAAAACGCAUCAACGUUAAAAAACGGUUGUAACGGUAAACGGUUAAAGCUUGUGUUUGUUGUUGUGAGUCUUCAGCCUUCCUCCUGUCCUACCAUCAUUCAAUUCAAACAUACAUGUAUUUCCACUUCAGCCUAUUGUUUACCUGGUGUCAAUUUCCACACGGAGACAACAGAGCAGAAGUCACAUCACUUUCCUCCUCCAUUACAUACCAACCUUUGGGAUAUUUCUUCCCUUCUCAAACUGCUGUGUUACUGUAUGACAUUGAAACGCAACGUUUGUAGCAUGUGACGACCAUAAGUGACCAUUAUGAAGAUUUUUAUUCAAUUAAACGAUUAGGCUAUAAUCAUCUCAGUGGGUUGGAAAAAUGCCCGACAAGAAGGCAGGGCUCUCAAGUCUCACGCAGAACCUGUCAUAGAAAAAAUAUUUCUCCAAAUGGUUGAAUGUAAGUCGUAAAAUUCGUAUCGUUGUCACAUUUUAGUAACUAAAGAUAUGAACCUUAUAUCUUGUGAAACUCAAUAGCCCUGUUUUCAUUUAGGAAACAAUCUCUACUACACCAUUUAUGCCACCGUUAAGUGGAAAAUAGACUAAAGUACAGGCAAUAUAAUAAUAAUUAUGAUAAUAAUAACUUCAUUUUUAUAGCACUUUAAAAAACAGAAGUUUACAACAUGCUUUGACAAACAGUUGCAAAGCAUAGAACAUCAGAACGUGGAAAUAAAAAAAGUGAAAACAAAAGCUCAGUUAAAAACAAGGCCUCUGAAUUGAAAGCCAGUUUCAUUUGUCCUAAGAAACCCAGAAAAUACAUGAACUCUACAACAUAAAAUGAGACCAUGAAGACCAAAAUAAAAACAUAAAAUAGGUUAGAAAAAGAAAUGUAAUAAAAAAGGCGGAAGAAAGUAGGAAACAGGAUAUUAAAUAUAAAAAGAGGAUAUAAAUAAUGAUAAUAAAAUCAUAAUAAAUUAAUAAUUAUAAUAAUAUUAAUGAUAAAAUGGAAUAACAAAAAUGAAAAAUAAAAUCAAUAAAAGGCCCAAAAGACAAAGGGAAAAAAUAGACAAAGACGACAUCACAUAAAAGCAAGUCUGUAUAAGGGAGGUUUUUAAAUUCGACUCAAAAGAAGCGUCUGCCUCUGCACGCCUGCAAUAUCACAGACAAGUCAGCUGAGGUCAGUGUUCCUCCAUCGGGUGUCUCAGUGUAGACAAAGAUAUCAGUGGCACCUAAAAAUACUUCUUGCAAUAGUGGCUGUAUUAUUAAUCAGCCAAAAACAGCAACUUGAUAAUCCCCACCCGUUUUUCCAGAGGCACUGUGCAUCGAUCUUCCUGCUUCGAGCAUCGUUGACACAAAUCCUUAACGUUUUGGUGACUGCUAAUCUGCACAAAACGUGUGUGGUUUGUGUUUUAAAUCACGUCCGAACAAAGAGAAAGACAAUACUCAGCAGCAGCAGCAGCAGCAGGCUCGGCGCUGCGGCCCCUUUAAGACCGUUUUGGAAUAAUUAAUGACGUCGCGCUGUAAACACGACUGACGCUCAGCUGCGUGGCCGAAGCAUCCUCAAAGAGCCCGAGAAGACCUCUCCAGGUUCCUGUGUUUAUUUCUCGACGGGACUACUGAAAGGCAUUAAAAUAACGGGGGUUCACCUCCUCGACUCUCAUAUGCGGUCUCCAACACUAAGACGACGUUGCUGCAUCUGUGCUACGAAGUGCCAUGGCUAGAAAGUCGGACAUCCCCUCCUCAGACUAUGGUGAGCCGAUUCGUCUUUGUUGUAAAUGCCAGGAUAAUUUUCCCCCUCUGUACUGUGUACCGUUAUGACAACCGUGUAUAACAAUAUUCGGUGUAGCCUAGAGGAUAUUUGACUCUUUGCUGAGAUUUACGGGGACAUUAGCCAGCUUAUUUACAGUUGCUAACUGUUCGGAGGCUAUUUUAACGGCUGACAUGAGAAAAACGCAUCAACGUUAAAAAACGGUUGUAACGGUAAACGGUUAAAGCUUGUGUUUGUUGUUGUGAGUCUUCAGCCUUCCUCCUGUCCUACCAUCAUUCAAUUCAAACAUACAUGUAUUUCCACUUCAGCCUAUUGUUUACCUGGUGUCAAUUUCCACACGGAGACAACAGAGCAGAAGUCACAUCACUUUCCUCCUCCAUUACAUACCAACCUUUGGGAUAUUUCUUCCCUUCUCAAACUGCUGUGUUACUGUAUGACAUUGAAACGCAACGUUUGUAGCAUGUGACGACCAUUCACGACUUGACUUCUCAUCAUACUACUUCUAGUACUACAACUGAAUCUUAUGCCACUUCUCACCUUCCUGCCUUUUAAGGCAAUUUCCUUCUUCAUUCAAACUUUGUGCAAUUUUAGACAUUUUUCUAGCCUCUUUCAGCAUGAAUAAAAUUUCCUUUUAUAGAGCAUAUUCAUACUAUUUGUCCUUCAACCAAUUAAACAAUUAUCCAACUUAUAUUUCUUUUUCACCCCUUCAACAGCUUUAACAUUUAUACCUUGCUCCAUGUUUUAUUAGCAGUUUAGCAUUGCUUUUUCAGCUUUCAGCACUCAGCAUUUCCACGCAUUUUCUGCAAGGAAAUGCAAUUUUUCUAGUCUAUCUAUGUUAUCAGUGCAGUUUAAUCCUUUAUUAUCACCAGAUGCCUCCUAGUGUUUUGUCUUGGAAGCAAAGACUCAACACCAGUGAUUUUUACAAUCCAAACCUCAGAGCUGUUUGAUUGAAUGCUUGCCAUUCUUACUUGUAAUUGCUAAUCAUUUUUUUCAUUACUCUAUUCUUGUUGUCAGUGUGCCGCUGCUCUACGGCUACUACAGGAAAACUGAUGUAAUACACUCACAAGAUAUCUAAUGGUUCCCUUCGGUGAAACACUCUUUAACAAAAAUGUUGAGUAGUCAAGGAGAAACUUUAGUAAAAGCUGAAGUAAUACAAAAUAUCAUGUUCAAACAAAGGGCACUGUUGACAGAAAUAUGUCACCUGCUCACUAGUUAUUUCCCUUUAUGUCAAUCCUGCUUUCUCCCACAUUAUUAUCGAUUAAAUAUGUGUCAUAUCAUCAGUCUCUAGACAAGAUGUCCAAUGAACAUGAUCACCAGCGGACUAUCAGAGAGACAAGGGUCUGCUUGAGAUGUUAUUUUCUUUUGUUGUAUCUUGUUAUUUCCACACAUGCUGACCCUAUGUUUUUCUCAGACCUCAUGACUGCAGCAUUCUGCCAAUCAGGACGGCAACCUGUCAGCUGUUGUUGAUUCAUACUUGCCUCCGCAGACAUGCAGCUCACCAACGGGGCCUUCAUUUCAAACCUUAUCACUCCCUGGUCUUAAGUUCAAACUGGUACUUUACAGUAUACCAUAAACCUGGCCUUGCAGAUUACAUGUGAAGAGCUUAAUGCAAAUUUGGAAACCCUUAUGUCAUUAUUAUACAUUUCCAACUUAGAGUAAAUGUACAUCAAUACAGAGGUUCAUAUAUACAUGUACUUUUACUUUUUCAGGCGCUUGAACUCAUUUGCUACUCCUGAGACUACAUAAAGUAUAGUGAGACGGUUUAAUUAAGGAACAUAAUUUAGCCACUAGCAGCGUCCAGCCACCCAGCUAGUGGAGCGUGGGAUGGAGUUAUGGAGUCUACUGGUGUUUAGGUUAGCUGCUUUAUGUCACUGGCUUCCCUGAUGUUUUUGUUCCAUUAGCUAGCUUGGCAAAAAGGGAUUUAGAGAGAGGGAACAACAAGACGAUUGUGUUAAAUAAGCUUCUGCAACAGAUGUGCCACACACCAUGUUUGUUUAAUUGUAAACAAACUGUGGAGUGUACAUUAAGGGAAAAGACCCUUAAGCUUGUUUUGCAUCCUGCCUUUUUUCUCUUUUUGUUAGUGAUUUAUUAAUUUGGAAAGGGAAAGUGAAUGCCUCUGUCAUGUAUGCAAUUUCCUAUUUGGCUAGCUGGAUAGAUCUUGUCAUACGAUUGCAAUAGCAUCUGAUUUUCACAUGGAAAGAAACUGACAAAGCAGAGCCUCCAUGCUCUUUGUGAACAGCAGCCACAAGAAGUGUUUUGAUGAAGAAGUGCUAGUGUUCUCACUUUUUUUUUUUCUUCACUGGAAAAACCCACCUACUCACUUGAAAGUUUAUUCUGGGAAAUGUACUGUAAGAAAAUCUCUAACUGAGGCAGAGGUGGAUAUAGGAGGAUGGGAGACUAAUGAUGCUCUUCUCAUCAUAAUAUUGAAAUAUCACCAGUUUGUUUUGAUCUUUUGAGACAAUAACCACAAAAACACUCGAUAGUACAAGCCAGUUUUUAAGCUGCUGGUCAAACUACCUGCCAUGGGGUCAUUCACAUGCAGCAGCUCUCUUUGCUCAAUAUCCCAGAUUCAAGAGUUCUCCCGUGGCUAGUAUGUUAUAUAACGUUUCUAACUAUGUAGCAAGCAUCCAGUGUGCUCCCACUGUACUGCUGAAAUGUUCAGCCAGUCAGAAAGGCAGAGAAAAUAGCUCACAAUCAUUCUGUGACAGGUUUGUAAGUAACAAUUUAGAUAUGACUUCCAUUCAGCAUAGAAAGUGUGGAGUCGGGGACACUGUUAAUUAACAAAUUUCUCGCUUGGGCAGCUUCCCUAAACGCUGCAUUUUUAGACUGAGUCAAUACAGAGUCUUGACGGAAAGCUGCAAGCUAGCCUCUUCCUGUGAAAUUGCAGUCAGAGAAGGCUGUGCCUCAAAUGACCCAUUUUGCACCCAAGACUUAAGUGCCAUAAUGGGUGUUUUAAGUGUCACUGUCCUCAGCAAAUGCUUGUCUCAAAUGAAGAAUGAUGCUCACUUCAUAACCCUUACACAUUAUUAUUACUCUUUAUGGCAACUGUAGUCAUUAUCUGCCAUGAGGUUGUGUUCUCUUGCUUCUAAUUUCAUGUGUGUUGUUCCCAGGAGAUAGCUUUGUCAGAGCCUGGAAGUUUGAAGUACAUUAUUCACGCUAAUGAUAGGGUGAGUCAGUAAAUAAUUUCUAAGAGAUUCACUUUGGCACAUUGGCAGGCACUGCAUGUUAUUUGUUGGAGUCUGUGAAAAAGGGGACAGUUAGCCGUGAAGAGGCCUUCUGGGCGACAGCGUGGAGUCUUUAAAUUUCCAAUUUGCAGUACAAAUAUAGUCAGUGUUUGUUCAUGACUCGGAGGCUAAACAACAUUGACAGCGAUCUAUGAAACACAACCCGAAGAUACACCUCAAAGAUGAGCGAGAGAGAUACACCUACAUUCGUGCUCGACACGCGGGGUUGAGUCUUGUACAGUGAGACUUGAAGUGAGUUUUGAUUGGUCUGAUGCGCUAAAUGACGCAUCCAUCUCUAUUAACACAAAUGAAUCAUUACCCAUCAACAAGAGACAUGCUGCUCUGAUGAAUCUGUGCACAUGAGUCGGUGCAGGUGAGCUGCUUCCAUUGCAUCAUUGAUGUUUUUGUGGCUUUGAUAGGCAUCUCAGUUUGAUAUAUGCAGGCUGCUCAAAGGCAGAGUUGAAGAUGAUUACCAGCUAUAAAACUGAUAUCAGCGGCUAAUCCUCCUGUAGUGGUUUUAAAAUAACUGUACUUUCACCCAAAGGGAAAUAUAGCAUGCCUGUUGAAAUCUUGAUAGCAUAAAUGGUAUUUUAUAGAGUCAUUACAUCAUAAAUACAAACAUUUCUUACUUUUUUAGUAGCCAAAGAAUCACUUUUCUAAAUCUGCUAAACACCCAUACGUGUCUGAGGUCAAAUUGUUGUGAGUCAGAGCAGGACUGAGAUGUUUCUUCUAUUUGACCUUGGACCAUUUACCAUCCUUUUGUUAGUUUUUAAGAUACACAGUUAUACACAGAGACAGGGAUGUGGUUGUAAACAAGGGUGAAAUCAAAUGUGUAAUUGGUUGCACUCCUCCUUAAUUAGAAAUCUUGGCCCAUUUUGUAAACUGUCUUACCAAAUUCCCUUUAUAAUGAGUCAUUAAACAGUCCUAAAUCUUUUCUUUUCCAAAACCUAAAAAAUAAGUCCGCCUGCAGGGUGAGAUUACUGUAAUUAACCUGUUUCCAGUGCAGAUUCUCCUUGAACGCUUUAGUCAUACUAAUGGCGCUCUCUGUCUUAUUCUUUGCUGCGGUGUGAAUAUUCCAUAUUUGGAUUCAUGUCAUCUUAUGGUUAAAGUCUUAAUAAAUCCACACCAAAAGCUGUUUGAGCAUGUCAUUGAUCUACACUGGCAUCAGCACGUCUCGUUUCACAGUAACACUGGGCUGCCACUGACAUGCCUGGAGGCUCCCACAGAAGUAACCAAGGUCACAAAGCCCCAGCCACAAUACUGCCCCGUCUCCACUCAAAGCAGCAGCAGGCUAGCUGUCAGUGUCUGACAGUCUCAGACUUAAAGUCCCCUCUUGGGGGGUCAAAAUCCCAACCGGGAUCUCAAUAUUCUCUGCAUUUGAUGGGGUUGUCAGCUAGCACUAUGUGCAGAAAACACUGUUCAUGCACUGAGGUAACCCAGUGGGCAAUACCAAACCAGAUAUGCCAAGACGUGCCAAGCGCUCCAUCCUCGACCAUCUGCUAAUAGUCGACAGAAUCCCCAGGGACCCUGCUAAGUCAACCUAAACCAGAGAUCAGGAUGUUGUUGUCUUGUCUCAAUAAGAAGACAAGCACUUUAAAGGUUGUUCUGUUCUCCAGAGAGGCGAAGUAAGAGCCAGGCAGGGAAGAUGUCUUUGGAAACAGAGGGGCAAUACAAGAAAGGAAGAGAAUGAGAGAGAGAGAGAGAAAGAGAGAGUCAUGGUGCUUCACGGAGAGUGUUUGUGUGUAUUAUCGCUCCACAUUUUUGUGUUAUGAAAAAGGGGAGCCAUCUGGAGCUUUUUAACUGCUUUGAUUUUUUAGAGAUGGACUCCAAACCUUUCCCCAUUUUUGUCUUUGUGGGGGAUUUGCGUGAUCAUGCUGUUGUCCUCCGCUGUGAAUGUGUUUGUUUUUUGUGUGUGUGGAUGUGUUUUACUGCAAGUUAUUGCCAUUUGAGUGUUGCUUCACUACCCCCACCCCACCCCAUUUCUUUCUAAUUUCUUAUUCCGUUCUAUUUUUGUUUGUACUUGUUUUCACAUUCAAUUGUAAAACCUUGACCACAAAUCCCUGCCCCACACACCAUCCCAUGAUCCUUUUCCAGUCCCCCAUACUUUCACAUCUUCCUGCCUCAAUCUUUAUAGCAGCUAUGUUACUACUGUGUCAUGCACAGCACCAUUAGUUUUUAAAUACAGACUAAAAGAAAACACAAGGUCCCCAAACUGUGUUUCAGAUUUUUUUUUCCCUUUAUGGAUUGGCAGAAGCUGGCACUUUCAUCAAAUAUGAAUGGAAACACUGUACACAGAUGUACAGACUGCACCUACCCUACUGAGCAACAUCAUUAUGCUGAAUUUUUAUCAUUCCAGUUUUGUCAUUUAUGUUUAUUUGUUACUCUAGCUCUAGUCCAGUCAUCAAGGUCCACUGUCCUGCAUGUUUUGGAUGUGUCCCUGCUCCAACACACCUGAUUCAAAUGAUUAGCUCGUUAUUAAGCCAUUACAGAGCUUGAUAACGAGCUGAUUAUUUGAAUCAGGUGUGUUGGAGCAGGGACACAUCCAAAACAUGCAGGACAGUGGGCCUUGAGGACUGGACUUGAGAACCACUGCUCUAGCUAAACUAGAUUUUAAACCUUACAUGGCUUGAACAGAUCUCACAUGCGCUCUACUCUUUCCAGGUCUUGGAAAUGUCAGUGAAUUAACAGAGUAAAAACAACACAAAAAAAAGUCCUUUUCCAAAUUUGCCCUAUGUGACCCAACCCAUGUAGAGCACCUGCAGUGUUCGAGCUGUUUGCCUGACCACGGUAUGAAAGAGGCCUGUGUUGGACAGUGGAGCCAGGGGACACUGGUGCCUGUGUGUGCCCGAGUUGAUGUGUCUGUGUACUGGAUGUGUUUAUGGAGACGAGCUGAGAAACACGGGUAAGGGGGGUGGAGUGUGGAAAAGAGGAAGAAAAAGUACAGAAAGUUUGAACUUGGAGAGUGACAGCGGUGCAGUUCCGCAUGAUCAACACUUCAAAGCUUUUUCAUGUUUUGAUUUUGUGCUCCGUGUACGUUAACGUCUCAGAUUUUCUGUAUGUGCUGGAGGUUAUUUUUGCUAAUGAUAAGGAAAUCUUGCAGUAUCUGAAGUGCGACAUAAAUGUAAAUGACUCAGUAAAUGUGCUCAUAGUCACCAAGUAGUCUUGACUUGUGAUACAGUGAGCCAUACAACAUAAGUGAAAUUUCAGUCUCCUUCCCAAAUUGUGCAAUACAAGGCAAUGAACUGCUUCUGUGGCUCUCUUCCAGCACAGGCACUCUGAAGUUGAUUCUCAGCAGUCAAUCUCAGCUCUCAGAAUCUCUGUGACAGUCAGUACAGACUUUAAAUUGAGGCAUUGUUACCAUGCCCUCAAUCUCUCAGAGCAUUUAUUAAGUGCCUUUCUGUGGCAAUGAUUUUAGCACACAUUUUUAUCGGUUGUCUCAGACUUAUUUUAUGAUGGCAGGUCCUCUCCACAGUAAAAUUGAUCCAUACAUGGAUCUUAUCAUGGAGGACUGGCUGCAAAUGCAAAAUGGGACUUUGGAUUGAAGAUUACAGCCAAAGGCUUUAGUCUGACUUUGAUGUGUAAUUCCUCAACCUGUCCAGCCUCGUUGCCUCAGAGCUUUUGAUGACCAUGAUUGUUGUGUUAUGUGUCCUGCAUGAAUCUUACAGCCAUAGCAGGGCAUGGUGACGUUAUCCAACACUAUGUCAAUAGGGUAGCCUAGCAGUUAUCAGAGCUAACAGCAAGUCUAGCUGUCUCGGUGUAACAUGCCUGCCAGGCUUUUUCCAAAUGUUGUUGACUACAGACUCUCAUUCAGCCUGGCUGCAGCAGCAGCAGCAGCAGCACACAUCCAGUACUCCAGCCUCAUCUCCUGCACUGACAGACUGCAGUGCAGUCCAAACAGCCGUCAUCUAAUGCAGAGUCUGGUGGUGUCCAGGCUUCAUCAUUUUCCCCUAUUAACCAUAGUCCAUCAAUUGGACGAUUUUCUCUUGAAGAUCCUUUAACCUUGAGUGGUCCCUGCUGUUUUUCUUAGCUUUGUUGAAUGACUAAAGUAGAGGCUGCUGAAAUUUUUUUUUUUUUUUUCUGGUGCUGAUAUUGUUUUAUUCUUCCUUUUUUUAAACUUUUGGUGUUUCAGGGUGAUGGUUCUUGAAAUGCUCAAAUAUAUAUUGGUUUGGUUGACAGUAGAGUUAGGCAGUAUCCAACUUUUGAUGCUGUUUAACCUCCCCACAUUUUACCAGUGUGUCCAGGAUUUCUAUGACUUAUUGAAAAUCCAGCUGUGGAAGUUCAGAGGAGCUGCCUACUUAUUCAUUUAUAAAGUCUAGAUGCUGUCAACAUAAUGUUUAAACAAUAACAACAGUAAACAACCAGGUUCCUGCUUCAGUACAAUUGUCCCUUUUGUAUUUAUGCUGCGUUCUAGUUACCUCGGAAGCCAGAUGUCCGAACUAGGAAUGACGUCACACCAGAGUUACCAGCAUUUCAGUCACCAAGUCGGAAAAAAGCAAAAUUGGAGGCAGAACCAAGAUGUUGCAGAAAGACCGCAUAUUUGUCCAGAAGUUGCUUAUAUUCAGACAAGGCAAGCGCUAAAAUAACUUUCGUAGAUGUAGCCAUCUGGUUUCCACCUCCGAUUUUGCUUCUUUCCGACUUGGUAACUGAAACACUGGUAACUCGGCUAUGACAUCAUUCCCAGCUCGGACAUCUGACUUCUGAGGUAACUUGAACGCAGCAUUAGUUCUUUUAAACGACCCCUUCAUCAUUUGACAAAAUGUAAAAAGAGCCACAUGCAAAUCAUCUCUAUGCAGAGACUUUUCAUUGUUGUAUCAGUUGAUUUCAAAAACUUUUCUUCCUUUUUUUUUCACAAACCUGAUGAUUUCAUAAACACAACCACUCACAUGCAUUUGAACGUAAUCACCAGUGCAUUAAUGGAUGAUUGCAUUAUGCACACACUCAAAGUGUGUAGCCGUGUGAUCCAGCAGAAAACAACAAAUGUCCACAGCCUACCAUCCUCUGAUUUCGAGAACAUUUCACAUUACUCCACAUCAGAUCUGAUCUAACUCCCAAACUAGGUUUUAAAGAUUCUUUAACAACUGUAGGAAUAAGACAUGUCUGAAACUGUACUUGGAAAUCUCUAACUGCUUUUAUAUGUUAAUGCAUUUUGCUUAUCGUAUGCAAAUCAUGAAGUUUCUGUUGACUUUUCUAUAAACUGUAAGUGGUAGCUAUAUGCUAGCUGAGAACAUAUGCUGCAUUCCAGUUACCUUGGAAGUCAGAUGUCGGAGCUGGAAGUUACACCCAAGCUGAUGUCGUUCUAGUCAACAAGUCGGAAAACCAAGAUUGACGCCUACAGUUAGCCAUUGUUAGCUUUUGUUUACAAUUGUCAGCUGUCAUUAGCCGUUGUCAGCUAUUGUUAGUUGUUGUUAGCUACGCCAGUUGUAAACAACGCACUACACAGUAUUUUACUCUACGAACACCAUAGCACCACGUUCACAGUUAGACUUUGGGCAGCACAACAUACCACUUAUUUAAUAUAUAUCUACCACAACAUCAUAUCAUAUAUCCUCUUUUCCAAAAUGUUGCUUCUACUAGGGAGCGCAAUUGGACUACGACGGGAUCAUUUUCAACUUUCCUCUGUCAUACGGUAUCAAUAGCAGUUUUAUUUUGGGUCUAUAUCAACAUAAUGAUUGCCCUUAUUCAAUUCUUGGCAGUCAGUGGGGGACCUUGCUGCCUGCCGGUCCUCUUGCUGAAUAUACUGGCGCGUUCUACAACUCCAAACAGUCUGCUGGUUAGAAACCACUGACAUGACUCGAGGAAACAGAAAAAAAAUGCUCCGCUCUCUGACACUCACUGCACCACAAUCUGUCCUCUCACCACUGGCUCUCCUUGAUCUCAGUGUGAUGCAGCUUGCACUCACCAUAUGGGCAUACCAGUUUUUAUCACUAUUGCUCCCACAAUGCAGAAACCUGGAUGUUUUUUGAGCAUCAACACAGGCAGGGAAGCAAAAUUACAUUAUUAUAUCCAUAUUUAUCCCAGCUUCCUGUCUAGUAGCUAGCUACAUGUCUUGCUAAACCCAGAAUUUGUAACUCUUAAUUAGUUCUGAUGUGAGUAAAUGUGAUGCACUCUGCUGGCAAAGUGGGUGUAGCAACAACCACUGGGAUAUAAAGGCAAUAGGAGGCAGCUUGCUAUACACAGAGGAAUAGUUAAUUUAUCAGUAGUGCAUUGUGCUUCAUUGCCUUACUUUAAAAGGCCCUUAUUAAAAUCUGAGUGGUAUGGUGCUAUUUUCAGUAACAGCUGAGUGUGAGUUGGUGAGCUUGGUUCUUAGGAUUUGACUUCUUCAGAUGUCAGCUGAGUUAUGGUCAUCAUUAAUAGCAUUGUUUUGCAUGAUACUAUCAAAAACUUAUGCACUAGUGGCAGUUUCUGUAGUUUCACUCUGUAGUACCAACCAUAAACAUGUGUGUGACACAUACUGUACAUGUAAACAUGUUUUUGUUCUCAAGGUUCUAGACCAUUUAUCUGAGGUAAGAGUAGUAUGUUUGUGCUUUGUGUGCCUGUGCUCUGCAAAUGCUGCAGUGAGCACCUGGUCUGGUGACACAGUGUCCUUGGCUGAGGAAUUUACACACUUAACCCAGAACAUCUUCCAUUGUUGGGCCUGAACAGUCACAAACACAACUCAAUUGAGUGACUUACAGUGAUAGCCAAACAGAUAGCUGCAAAAGAGGGUUUUCAACCACCAGGAUGGGUAAAAAAAAAAAAAAGGGAUGUGGAGCCUAUCAUAUUAGAUGGGAAAAAUAGGGUUAACACAUCUUAUUGCCUCCUUGACAAAAAGCUGAAAACAUUCCUACAGUGCAUGAAGAGAAUGUCCUCAUGAUCGAGUAUUUGCACAAUCCUCUCUGCAGUCAUGUGACGUGCCUGUGUUUUAAAGGCAAACUAUUCGGUAACAUACUCUGUUUUUUAUCUUACUUCUUCCUUUAUAAGAAAAAGAAGAAAUACAGAAAUGUGUCUGUGCCAGUUCACCUGAGCUCAAGUACAUUUCUGGUCCAGUGCAUUUUCCUGCUGCUGAGUCUGCAGCUUAAGGACACUGUUGCUCACUCAAUCUCCUGACAUUACUUCUUUGUUGAGCUAGGAUGCUCGAAUGUCUGUCUUGCAGACUGCCACUGCUUGAGUUGAGAAAUCCCAGUGAUGAAAGGCAGGCAUGACUGACUGCAUUGUGCUUUCAAACAUAUGUGCAACAUUUAAACCUUACAUUGACCCAGGAUUAUUGGCUUUUGAAGCACUUGUAAAAGGAAGUGUGAAGGAAUUCCACCAUGGUCCGACAGUUGUCCUGUGUACAUGUGGACUCAUGAAUUUUGAGUUGUGUAGCUGGAGCUUGUUGUGAGCAGCUGGCAGGCUAUACUGUGCUAGAGCAGUUUAUUACUUACCGUAAAAUACCAAAUAACAGCCGGGUUCCAAUUAGCCGCUGGGUCCCAAUUAACCGCAGGGUGCAGCAAUGCAUUUUGACAAAUAACCGCCUGUUCCAAAUAAACGCCUUGCCUAAUUUACCGGUAGAGGGCGUAAGUCACAUGUCACAUUGCCACUGAUCAAUCGCCAUGGCUUCAGUGCAGCGGAAAAAUAAAAAAUACGAUAUGAAAUUCAAACUGUCUGUCGUCAAAUAUGCAGAAGAAAACUCGGGAGAAGCAGCAGCGAGACACUUCUCUGUUGACCCCAAGAGAGUGAGAGAGUGGCUAAAAAAUAAAACUGAACUUCAGCGUCUUUCCGAGGAGGAUAGCAAAAGGGCUAGGCUGCGCGGUGGAGGGAGAAAGAAGGCUAGCGAGGAGCUGGAGUUAAAAAUGCGGGAAUGGGUCAUCGGUAAGCGUUUGCGCCACGAGCGAGUGAGCCGAAAAAUGAUCAGGGCGAAGGCUAAAGAAAUGUUCGCCACCGUGAGUGACAGCAGUGAUGAGAGGUUUUCUGCUAGUGUUGGGUGGCUAAACCGUUUCCUUCGCCGCAACAACUUUACUUGCAGAAGACGUACAACUAUUGCCCAGAAAGACGCCAAGGAAUUCACCGAGAAGCUGGUGAAGUUUGUACAUUUUUCAUCGCGGAUGAUUGAAAGGAUGAAGAUACCGGAAAGAGACAUCAUAGCGAUGGAUGAAACUGCGGUAUGGUUUGAUAUGGUCGGGUCAACUACUGUGGAGACGCGAGGGACGCGCAGUGUUCCACUGAAAACUACAGGCCACGAGAAGAGCCACUUGACCGUUGUGCUAGCGGCGAAAGCGGACGGGACGAAGCUGAAGCCUUAUGUGGUUUUUAAAGGAGGUAUCAGGGAAAUCAAGGCAAUGCAAAACAUCAGUGGAGUGGUGAUAGCCUCCUCUAAAAACGGCUGGAUGAAUGACGACCUGACUGCAGACUGGCUGCAAAAAGUAGUGGGGAAAUUCAACUUUGGCCCUCGUCUCCUUGUGUGGGAUUCCUACCGAUGCCACAUCAGCCAGGCCACCAAAAGGGAGCUCAAGAAGGGCUACAAGAUAACUACAGCUGUGAUACCGGGAGGAUGCACAAAAUAUAUCCAGGCACCUGAUGUUGUAUGGAAUCAGCCAUUCAAAGCCAGUCUGCGUGAAUCAUAUGACAGCUGGAUGGCCAGCGAUGUGGAUAAGACCUACACCGCUGGAGGAAACCUGAGAGCCCCAGCUCGUCGCUUACUGGUCGCCUGGGUGCUUAAGGCUUGGGAGGAGUUGGAUACAGAGAUGGUGAAAAAUUCCUUCAAGGUAUGUGUGUGUGUCUGAUUGAUUGAGAGAUUAUUAGUCUGUGGAGGCGUAAUAUAUUAAUUUGUGGAAUAUUGUGCUGAAAGGUGUGUGGCCUGACAGUGGCAGCUGAUGGCAAUGAGGACCACCUGAUUCACUGUUUCAAAGACGGAGAGCCAUGUGCAGCAGGGAGAGAGAUGCUGGCUCAGGCCAGACAGGGAGAGGAAGAGGAAGAAAAAGAGGCCGAGCAGCAGGAGGAAGAUGAGGAGGAAGAGUUCAACAAUGAACUGGUAGUUGAGGAUGAUGAUGAGGAGGAGGAAGAGGAGGGGGAGGAAAGUGAUGAGGGUGAUGAGGAGGAUUAAGAGGAUGGACAUGGUCUUGGUCUGACAGCAGGCUGUUCUGCCAGUGGCCUUGUUGAUUUACCCCACUCAGGUUGCUGUCAUUGUUUUAUUUUAUUUGAUGUGUUACACAUGUUUUGUUUAUUUGACAUGUUGCUGACAUAUAUAUCCAGGAUAUGGCCAUUAUUGUUCAGAGUUUGUCCUUGCAUUAUCAGCCUUGUGUACCAGUAGGCUAUAUGUUUUGUGUUCUUUUAGUUCCUUACUGGCAUUUAUGGGUGAUUCAUUCAGCAAUCGUUUGAUGGCUUGAGGUUUAAUUUAAUUGAAAAAAGUAUAACAACAGUACAGUAAUCCUACCUGAAAAUAUAAAGGUAUUCACACUGAUGUAAAUUUAAUUUACCAUAUUUUCCCAUUUUUGUUAAGCAAGAUUUUUGUGAGAAAGGAUUUAAACGCCUGUCCCAUAUAAACGCCUAGUCCCAAAUAAACGCCUGGUCUGUUCAUUGAUUGAAACAAAUAAACGCCCCGGCUAUUAUUUGGUAUUUUACGGUAUAUAUAGUGCAGAAUUAGGCAGAGAGGGGGGUUUGCAUUUAUAGAGUUUAUUAUGCUGCAUCUGUGUCAUGUUGUUAAUGGUUAACUAUAUAAUUAUCACCAAGAAGUAUAUGCAGAUUCUGUGAGGGGACACUCUGCUUUAGCUUUUAUUUCACGUGAUAUAGCACAGUGCUUUGGCUGAAUAUCAUACACCUGCACUGGGACAAAUUAACAUUAUGUUUAAUGUGAAAACAGGACAGUAGUUUGCCUGACAACAAGUUAACAAGCCAGUUAACAAGUCAGAAAACCAAGAUGGGCACCUACUGUUAGCUGUUAUUCGCUGUCGUUUACAACUGUCUGCUGUUGUUAGUUGUUGUUGUUAGCUAAACCAGUUAUAACCAACGCAUAACACAGAAUUUUACUCUACAAACACCAUAGCACCGUGUCCACAGUUAGACGUUGGGCAGUACAUUUACCACUUAUUUAAUUUCACAAAAACAAAACAGAAGUGCUAAUAAAUAAUACAUUAUGAAAGCUUUCCCUCUUUACUGUUAGUGCGCAGCGCACUAAUGACAUUGCCUUCAAGUUGGGGUUGGUGAGGAUCGUCCGACUUUACGAGUUGGAAAUCCGACUUCAGGGGGGGCAUUCCAGAUAAAUUUCUGACUCCGAGCUGGGAAAUUCCAACUUCGGAGUACAACUGGAAUGCAGCAGUAGUCCUUGUUGUACAAUUUCCUGGUUCAUCUUCUAGCCACAAACCUCUUACCCCACUUGUUACUCCCCACAGUGACAGUUGAGUCUGUGGGUAUCAUAGUAAUGAGAGCUGUUGAUUUCUUUAUAAUGUCAAAAUUUACUCUCAGAUAUUUCUUACGGACUCAAUAAAGUUCUUCUUCUUUCCAUUUUCAACAGUUGCUAAAAGUCUCUAGCUAACGGCCAAGUCAUUAGACUGAAACAGCAGCUUGCAGAUUACUUUCUCUGUGCCUGAAACAUCUGUGCCAGCUGAGAGGGUUUCUGAUUUUAGUCGCUGAUCUUCUAGUUGAUAGACUGACUCGGCUUUCACCACAUCAUGCUGACAUGUUAGUUUCACUGAACAAAAAAUAUUUUGUCUGUUAAGUAAAUACCACUUAGUGUCUGUGCCGUGCAUCGGAUGUUGACAAAAAGUAUGCUUUUGUUAAACAGCCUAAUGUUUAUCAAGGCCUCACUGUUAUUCUUUUGGAGGUAUAUUAUUUGUAGCUUUUGUGAUGACUAAUUUAGAAUUUAUUUGGGUAACUUUUGUUUAAUGAAGUGCUGCCAUGCUUUGUGCCACUUUAUUUGGACCAACUGAAGACUAGUCUGUCUAAUUGACAAAGAAAAUAAGUCACUUUGAAAUAUUCCUGGUAUUUACCUCACAUCACUUCAGCUCAAGGUCUAACUGGUACUUUCUGUAUUUGCUUUGCUAAUCUAACUGCACAAAAAUAGAUUUUCUGUGGUAUAACAAAACUAGAGAAACUAUGCUUCUUUGCAUAACCAUAGAAAUAAAAAUAAAAAUAAACCAGUGAUGCAUUAAGUGUAACACUGAAUUUUUUUGGUUUCUGUUUCAGCAGAUGCUUGACUAGUGCACAGUGCUUUAUAGGGGUGGGAAUCACUAGUGGCUCCAAUAUACGAUAUUAUCACGAUACUUGGGCCAGGAUACGAUAUUAUUGCGAUAUUAACAUUUUGCAAUACCGUAAGUAUUGGGAUACAAAAUAUUGCGAUUUAUAUAUUUUUUUAACUCUUUAGCUAACUAGCAUUUGUCUUUCCUUUAUGUUUGUCUUAUUUACGCUGUAUUUUAUUGUCAUGUAGCACAUCUUGCAAACCUUAUUGUUGCACUUUCUCCUACUCUUUGAUGUCACCUCUGCCAACCUCACUGGACAAACAAUUCAUUUUAUUUUUCCAUUAUCAUUAAUAUUAGCAAUGAAUUUGAGAAAUCUAUACUUGUUAAAUGAGACAAUAGCUGUUCCAUAGCACUCCAUAGUUCUUGUGGAAGAUGGUCACUUUCGUCUCAUGCUUCUCCACAGUUUCAGAGCUUGUCCUGGGGUCCCUUCCUAGUAUCACUAGUUGAAGUACAGUGUGUAAAAACAAGAAUAUUUAGCAACAUCUAGCUGUCAGAUUAGAUUGAAACUCUAUCGCUUACCCUUCCUUGAGUGGACAUUAACACUAGAGAAUCUGUACCGUACUGUACUCUGACAUGUUUGGCCCCUUUUGACCCCUAAAGUCCAGUUUGUCUGACCAGAGUGAGUUCCCCGUGCAGUCACUCGGCACAGAACACUUUCUUGGCCCUGACACGGCUGGAAGAGGUGGACUAUGACACAGUCAGUUACUGAAGCAUUGCACCUCUGCGUGGUGCCAUACAGCACCUGUUGGUUUUUUUUGGUAGUUUUUUUUUCAUUUGUUCGUUUUCCUUUCCCCCAAACACAUGAUGUCACACCGCCAUUGGCGUACAGCAAAAACUGUAGGACCUGAAUGCUAUCAGACUGUUAGGUUUGUUGAAUAAAAAAGAAAAAUUGGAGGUAAAAUGUGACUUGAAUACUGGCAGAAAGAGAAAAACAAACAGUGAAACAGAGCAUAAUAUGGUAUAUGAUCAGGGAUCUCCCUCUCCCACUCUUAUUUGAAAUCUUAGCGUUAUUAUGUUUGGUUUUAUUGCAGGUAAAUGUAAAUUAAUCAUAAUCUGACUAUUCAGAGUUUACAGCUGAUUGCUGUUCUACAGGCCAGAGUUUUGUCAUGUAACUAAUGACCAGCAGAAAUGAAAGGCCACCCUAAAACUCUGACACAUAGUGGGUAAAGUUGCUGUCAUGUUCUCAGUAGUGUUGUUUACUGUACAGCACUUCUUGUAAAUUACAGAUUUAUCAUGGUGAUGGGAAGCCGUGUGUGUGUUUUCUUAUGAUGUGUGUACUCUUACUGGGCCUGUUGUGUCUGGCCAAUGGAGGAAACUUAGUCUACUGCAUUCUCCAACACAGACAAUAUUUGUUAUUGGAAAUUGAAAAAUAGUUUUGAGCCCAUUAAAUCAGGAAUUUCAUCUAUUUAACUACUGUACAUCUAAGUAGACCCUCAGGAUUUAUUUAAGGAAUAAACUGUAACCAUCGCACUUUCAGCUUGUUCUUUUCACAAUAGGAUCAAUUUAGGUAACAGGCAGAUGGGAGAUAAACCCACUCUUACUGCCCUUAAGUCUGCCUCAGCUGGUUGGCGAUAUUUUGCUUUAUGUGAAAUGAUUAAUAAGGCCUCAGACACGAGUCAUAUUUAGUUUCAACAGGGGUAUGGAAUACUUAGACACCAGAGGAGAGGCAAAUAUAUAUGCUCAUACACAUUUACAAGCGCAAGCAGUUCGAGUUAGCCCCUUGGGUGACUGAUGGUGCUUGCAACUGUGGUUUAGUUUUUACUCUGCAGGGUCAAAUGGGGAAUUUUCACUGUGACCCAGAUAAGUUGUUCAGCUUAGGAGUUGUUAACAUGAUUUAUUAUACAUCUGUGUUAGCUUUAUUGUUUUUUGCCUUACUGUUGAUGCUGUGUAUGAUCAACUCUUGUGCCCUAGUGCUGUUGCUGUUGGAGACCUGCGCUAUGAAAUAACCUAUUUAAUCCACUCUGGACUGCUGGGUAGCACAGCAGGUUAACUUGUAACACUGGUGCAAUGCUGGUAAAAUGUUGCCCAGUAACAUCUGAGUAUGUUUUUCUCAUUAUGAAAGCAUAGCCUUGUCAAGAAAAUAUCACCUCUUAUGUUAGUAAACCAGAUAUAGUCAGGGUAGUUUUAUCUUGUGUCCAAAUAAAAUAAUCUUUAUUCUUUGUUUUGUGUGAAUGUUACUCUUGUUUACACUUGUUUUUGUCACUUUGCUCUUCUUUUCAGGUGAGCCACGCAAGUUUGACCCAAACUUCAGAGGCCCUGUUCACAACAGGUACAACAUUUACAACACAUCACUACAUUUUUCUUUGAGCUCAUUGGGUCAAACACAGAAGAAGCUUUUGUAUGCAUUGUGUGUAUUCCCUGCAUAAUUAAAAAUAUCUAAAUAAAUACAUCAUUCAAGAUAAAAAGAGGACAAAGAUCACUUCAGCUACUUUCUGUCAAUGUCAAGGGGACAUACACUAGAAAUAAAAAACACUAUUUCUUUGAUAAAUUAAAUUUACUUAGUCAGAAGAGGGUCAGGGUUUGGUAACCCAAAUGAAGUGACCCUUUUGGCUACAAUCUAUGUCCCUCACCAUCUAAUUCUUACAUGUGUAUUGAUUUGGCCGAUUGUAUAAUCUUUUUGGCGCCCACCCCCAUCAGGGCGCUGCUGGAUUGAUCAUUUGUCACGCUGUGUUAAUAAAGAUUGAGGCUGAACUGCUGGCAGCUCUCUCCACUCCACUACAUGGAUCAAUGGUCAUAAGUCAAGCUGGUGGCUGGAGAUGGCCCAAUGACACACACACAAACACUAUUAACCAGCCAGAUACACCCAAAACAGAUGUAGUUCACCCAUCACCCAGGCUAUCUCGAGGGGAGAAAGUCAAGUCUACUGUUUUUUUCACCGGACUGUGCAGUGGAACUUGUGCUGAUAAACUACAUUGAGCUAUCUACCUUAUGACAAGUACAAUUCUAUACCAGGCACAGCUUAUUUGUGCAUGCACUUACUAAGGCUUGAAUGCAGUGCCAUAUCCAAAAUCACAUCUAAGUGUACAUCUAUUAACAUUUUCGGGUAAGACACUGCUAAAAAAGAUCAAAGACAUUCUCAGCAGCAAAAAAAGAGAUCCUCUACACAAAGAAACACAGAGAUAUAAACUCAGGCUGAGACUUUUGUCCCACAAUAUUAAUAAAUCAUAUGGUGAAUAAGAAGUCCAGAUUUUAGAACAACCUGAUUUCUUUUGCACAAUAAUGAAAAGCAGAUUUUUUUGCAAUAAAGCAACCCCCCCCAAGCGUGUCACCCCAGGCUUUUUCUUGCUUAUCUAGUCAUUUUCUCAGCUAAUGUAGGCUCUCAUCUCUUUUAUGUUCAGUGUCAGUUUGGCAGGCUGCUGUGAAGGCAUGUUUCAGUUCUCCCGUGUCUCUUUAUCCCACCCUCUCCAGCCCAUUUCACUGCUACAGCUGGAUGAAGGCUCCAAGGAUACUUUGAUGUUUCUGUGGCUCAGAGGCUUCUCUUAAUGAGGACUGGGAGAGACCUAACUCUGUGGUUGUCUUUCAGGGGGGGACAAAAUAUUGGUGUGGCAAUGUAUCGUCGUCCUGACUUGUUAUCGAUACCCCCAAUGCAAGAUAUCAGUAUUUUUACAGUGCUCCAAACAUAUCUCUUCAAGUAUGUUGACUCACUAUGUCCCGACAUUGUGACUCAUUGCAGUGAUGCUUGACAUUAACGAGGAUCGUGUGAACAAAAGUUCAUUGGCUAUAAAAGGAGGAGACAGCAGGGUAAUAUUCAACAGUGGUGAAAAGAGAUUAAGGGAUGUGUUCGCCUCUUUCGAAACUAAUAUGAAGACAGUGAGAGAAAAAGCUAUCGCAGCUCUUGAUGGUGAGAUGAUAGCAAAGGUGGAGGAUGCACUUAAGUCUCCAGACACCUGUGAUGAGUGUACUUCACAGCAGUGAAAAUGACUGUAGCUCUUCCAGUUGAGCAUGUUAACACAAAAACAAGAGCACUUUUCUUUGUAUAUGUGCACUUGGGAAAAAAAAAUCAACGAGAGUUCAAGCACUUUCUACUCUCGCAGAAUGUGUUUAAGCUAGGGAUGCACCGAUCUGAUACUUGGAUCAGAUAUCGGCUCCGAUAUUGACAAAUUAACUAGAUCAGACAUCUGAUCCAGCAUUCCUAUCCGGGCCUGUUUUGCUUUAAUGAAUAUCGUACGUAAACACAGCGAUUCUGUUCGCUCUAUAUUCCAUGUCUGUCUAUCCCACUGAGCAAAAGACAGCUAUUAGAUGACUAGUUUUUUUUAGAUCUAAUUUCAACCGUCUAGAUUCUGUAUAUUUUUAGAUGGAAUUUAGACGUUGCACUUUAACCCAUUAUCUGAUUACUAUUUAUUUCAAAAAGCAACUGUGAGUUGCAUCACUGAUCUUAACCAAAAUAAUUAGGAAAGCCAUUGAGCAAUAUACAGUGUAGUAUAGAUAUAGCCCAGAUUUAGACUUGGUCUAAUCUUGGUUUAAAUUUAGAAGUCUAAAAUACGUUCAUUUUUAGACCUGUGGUAGCCUAAUUUUAGACCAGUCAUCAAGGCUACAUUUAGAUGUCUAUUAGACCAAAAAAGGCUCAGUGGCAUCCUUUUGCACUAAAUGUUUACAUGGAAAUCUUACUUCUUUUUGCUGUGUGCUAAUGUGCAAUUUGCUAUUUGUAAAUAAAUAAUAUUAAGUAAAUUUAUAUGUUAAAUUGUUACCUUUUUUGUCAAGCCUGAUGCCUUCAGUCUCAGGGCAAGGCAUACAGUUCAUUCAUUCAGCAGUAGUAUUGGAUCAGUAUCGGGUAUCGACCAAUACCCUCAGUCCAGGUAUCAGUACAGGAAAAAAAUUGGAUCGGAAAAAAAAAUGAUUUGUGCAUCUCUAGAUAAACCUUUCAAAAAUCUAUGUGUAUAUCUAUCUAUUCUGUUUGUUAAAAAAGCUCCCUAGUUACAUCUUUGCAUUCUUGACCCCAUCAAAUUACCCUUUUGUGCGCUAAUCUGGCCCUCCAAAUGUCUCUCACUGAUAAUGUCUGUAACAAAGCGGGAACAGGCUGGCACAUUCACACCACAAUGCCGCCCUUUGCUACUCUGUGGCACUGCUGCCAUCUGUGUCACCUUGGCUCCCAAGAAUAUCAACCCUGCAAGUAAAACACUGACACAAAAGUUUCUUGUUGCACUGACAGAGCUAGCAGUGCAGAUAUUUUGUCCUUCAAAUCUACAUUGCCUCACAGUACAGUAAAAGCAGAGCAUGGUAUGGGUGAAAGUACCUGGAAGUGACAUCUGAGAAGGUUUGGGGGUUGGGACUGAGACCAGGUUAGGGUCUGAUAAGAUUUGCGGUUUGACUUAAAUUUUGAUGUUUCUUGCAGUCAAUGAGGCCUGCUUCCCAGAGAUAAGAGAACAAAGCUGAAUUGUUUUUCACCCUCCUCACUUUGUCAGCUUCCCUUCAACACUCAUCCUCGCAUGCCUCAAAGGUGACUUUGUGUUAGCACCGUGGUGCUGUGUCUGCACUUUGUCUUAAUAAUGCAGUCGUGUCUAUACGAGCUCGAGGGAAACAGUACAGAUCUACAGUAACAGACACAUCUAGACGGAGGGGAAACAAGGUCGGCUCCAGACUCCCACCCCUCACAUUUUUUCCUCCAUAAUCACCCAUGAUGUGUGGCCGAAUUAUUGCUAACAUGCUAAAGGAUGGACAAAAGCAAGGAAUGCAAGCAUCACCAUGGCAACCCAGAGAGCUCUUCCCUUUGUUCUUUUUUGAAUUGAAUGAAAUGGUACUCCCUUAGUUAAUAAUAUGCACAGUGUCAGUGACUGCUCUGCUUUUUGUGUGGCAGGUUGUCUUUACACUCUCGUAUAUUCACUCUCCCCGUGAAACUGUGGCUGUUUUCACUGAGCUCACUCUAGGUGCCUUUGUUCCUCUAUUAUCUGCCAAACAGAAUAGACUAUGUUCACAUGGUGGCCAUAUUUCUGUGACGUCAUGCUGUAAGUCAUAAAGAUGGAGAAUCUGACAAAUAGUUUUCAUUUACUGCUUCUUAAUUGAUAAGCAAUGACAAAAACGCUGGAUAGGAAAAUCCUCAAGAGACAUUUAAGUGUUUCCUAAUUCAGGGGCUGCUUCUUUUGAAAGGAUUAUUUGAAAAGCAAAAACAAAUGUGUCACAGCAGCCCAUCGAAGGCUGUUUUAUCUCAAAGGCUCCUUCAAAUGCACCCGACAGAUGCGUCCUACUUUUUCCUCUCCUCUCCUCUAGGUGCGUCUUUUGCAGCUGGUGAUAUCCCAUGAGUCUUUGUGGGCCAGUUCAAACAAGCGGUUAAGUAAUUUUACAUGUAAAUAUAACUGAUCAAUUUCAUCUCAGAGCAAAUAAUACAAAUGCUUAAUAGUGAAAGAUGGCUGGACACUUAAAAUAGUCUUUAAAAUGAGGAUGAUGGUGGUUGGUAGAUCGCUCGUACAACCCUACCAGUUUGAGCCAGAGUCUGACCCAGAGGGAGAGGCUCCGGAAGAAACUCUUAGCCACGUUCAGACCAAACGCGACUUGAAGCGACCUAGUCGACACAUCCUGUGUAUUAUUCAAAGCCGCCAGGAGGGUCACGAAGAUAUGAAUGUAGAAAAAAAUACAACCUGAGCUCUGCUACAAUGUAAGAUUUUGGUGCGCUAAAACUUCAUGCACUACAUGCUGCUGCGGAGGGGGAUUUUGUCCCCCGCCGCCGGAGUUGUUGGGGAAGAAGCGAGCGGCUAAAAUACGGGAGGAUCCGGUAAACCGGCGCGGAUCCGGUGUGUUUAUCAAAGCGUGGUGGCGGUGCUGAGGCACCGGGGGGAAUUUAGGCUGAAUAGUAAGUCAAAAUAAAACGUUCACACUUACAGAUGCCACGUUUGUAGUAGGAUCACGGACAGUUGGUUAUCCAUUUUUUAUCUUCAGACAUCUAGCAAAUCCAGCGUUGAACUGUCCCUCGUUGAUAAAACAGUCCGAAGUGAAAUAGUACGCACAUGCGUACAGAUAUCACGGAAGUGCCGCGGGUACGUUCCCAUUAUAAAUAAAAUCCACCCAUUGAGUCCUCAAAUCCUCCGACGAGGGAAUUUUCAAAAGAGUUUUGUGCUCGUUUCGUUACAGCCAACAACAGAGCAAACGCUGCCUCUUUUUCAGAUCGUUCUUCCGCCAUGGUUCUAACCGGAACCAUGCGAGCGAGCGGCCGGGAAUAAUGGCGCUGUUUUGAUAUUUUUUUGGGGCAGGGCAGUGGGCGGCUCCAUGGGUAGUACCAUCAACCCGCCAGCACUGACAUGACGCCAUGUUAGUGGAGUUUUCAGAACGGCUCUGAGCACACAGUUCCUAAAUACGGAGAUAACUAAAAAAACGACUGGAUGGAAUUUUUUCAAACUUGGGGGGAUUGUAGCGGUUUUCUAUCCCUGAUAUGCACCCCCUCCCGUUAACAAAGUCAGUUUUUCAUGCCAUAGCCCCUUUAAAGAGUGUGUAGACCUAUGGAAAGAGUAAAGAUGAACCGCUGUCAGGGUGUGGAAAGAUUGUGGGGCACAGUUAAGCAUUUUUUAACUCCUUGCUACAGUAAAUGUGAUAUCACGAUGUAUAUUAUGAUUAUCUUUAUGAUCAGCCAUAUUUCAGGAAUACUUAAUGUAUUUAUUUAUUCCCCAGCCCCCAUUGGCCCUUCUGUUUGCGUGCAAUCUUUCUUUUUUUUUUUGUUUUGUUAAUGUGUUAUAUAUGUAAGUAUGAAAUAUAUAUUUGGGAUUUAUGCCCUGCCUGCUUAAGUAUGUAAUGAAAGAUCCCACUAAAUACCUCAGUUCAUUUGCUGCAUUGUCGCAGAAAGGGCUGGUAUAAGGGCACACUGUAGUUCUAAAAAAGAGAUACCACAGACACCUGCUUUUUUAGUCUUUGUUAUCAGGUCACGUCUUUUGGGAUUUCCUGCUAAAGUUGUGAAGUUUGGUCCCAGAGCUGGUGGUCAAUGGGUCGGUUACCAGCUCCAAAUGGGCUCCCCAGGUCAUGAGUACAGCUAUAACAUUUAAAAUCUUUCCUGCUAUUAUGAGACUUAAUGCAUUUCAGGUAGGAGUGGAGAUAAUAGAGUCAUCGUAUUCUGAAAUGAGAGGGAGUUUUAGCAGCCCCAGUCGGAAAGAAAAGAUUUCCAAUCCACUGUAUUGCAAAUUUAGCAAACCAAUCCACCUGGGGGAGCAUGUGAACAUAGAUUGCAAACUUUACAGCUGUUAUUAAUGCAGGCCCAUAAAAAGAAGCUCUCGCAAACAGCCCUGGAUAAUUUGCAAUUCAAGCUUAAAUAAAUAACACAGCUGACCCUAAUUCUAGGAGGCUAUGCUGAGCACUCAGUUUAAAAAGAAUUGCUUGUGUCUUGUUUGCAGUCUUAUUUAAACACAUUAGCGUCUAUUAAAGCUGCUUUUUCCUGUUUUGUCGGGGUUGAUCCUUCGCUGAUCUCCUCUGUGCGCAGCAGUGUGAUAGUCUCUCUUGAGGUUUGGCAGUGAAAUGGUUUUUAAGAGCUAGGAGCAGCGAACAUGCGACGCCUGUAUGGACCCAUGUCACCACCCUGCAUACCAAACAAGAAAAAUGCAGCCUUCAAAGGACUACAGAAGAAACAUUGUCACGUCUUAGCUCGGGCCUCUUUUUGACAUUGACCUUGCUCCUGUGGAUGAAAGAGGGGAGGAAAGCGAGAGGAAAUGAGGAUCUCAGGUCACUUUGUGUCCGGUAUAGUGUUAGUGAAAAGCUGUGCUUGUCCCUUGUGUGGUACUACCAGGCACAGCAGAUUGAGCUUGGCUUUAGUCAAGCUUGGGCUCACAGCACUCAUAGUCUGAAUAGUUUUGAAGGAGGGCUGAGAAAGGGGCUGGACUGACAGCUACAUUUAGAGUGGGAAGGAGGGAGGAAAGCUUGUUAGGGGAGACGGACAGUGAGACAGUACAGAAGACUCAGAGAGAGAGAAGGGGGGGACUCUGAGAUGCUUCUUUAAAGUAGCAGAGUGGGCCUGCUGUGGGGAAAGAGAGAGAGAGAGAAGGAAUCUUCAAAUAGCUGCCUCUGUGCCUGUGGGACAGUUAACUCAGAGGGGGGGUUCAGGGUCUCAUUAGAAAGUCAGUAGAGCUCUACUACAGUUUUGGUGGAAAAAAAAAGACAGAACACAUUGGACACCUUGUCAUGCCUGGCAGCAAGCCCUGCACCUAAAAAUAGAGCUCACACUCACUUUUAAUUCAACAAACCAAAUUGUUGAACACACAAUGUGCAUGAAGAGAAGGGGAUAAUUUUCCGUUUCCUCCAAAGGAAAUAUUAAAACAAGUAUUUACUUAUGAUACUGAUUUGGGAAAAGGCCUUCAGCAUCCAACUCUUCCUUAAUAACCCUAUUUUUUUACCCGUUGAUAAUCUUCUCUUUUCCUGUCACACAUCUCUCGUUUGUUCCUAGGAGCUGCACUGAUGUGGUUUGCUGUGUUAUCUUCAUCAUUGUCAUCCUCGGCUACAUCAUUCUGGGUACUGUGGGUGAGUUUGACACAUUGCUGCUGAUUACAUCACACAGAGCUUCGUAAUGAAACAUAACUGCACACAUAAACACGCACGCUCACAGUGGUAGUAAUAUCUUCCUGUGUGGAUAUGGUUGGAAAGAACUGAACUGCUCACUUAUCCUGAUCUUCAGCGAAACGCGUCUGCCUGCAAGCUAUGUAUAACAAAAAAAAAAGGAAAACUUUAAUGAACCACACACAAAGGGGACAUGCUCAUCUUCUCAAACUGACUGACACUUGAGGAGAAAAAAAGUUUUUUUGUUAGUUAAUUUUAAAUAUUCAUAAUUUCAUGGUGGGUUAUUCAACAAAUUGCCUGAUUGUUAAAAGUGCGGGGGAGCUGAGUAAUGCAGCUCCCCCAGAGAACGAGCUAUUCUUUGAAUAAAUGGCCUCUCCACAACAUGCAGCUUGUAUUGCUCACACUUGUAGUGACUUGAAGUAACCUUUAUAUAAAGUUGUUGAGAUGUCCUCUUUGAAGUUUGUGACUGGGUGACCGUUGAUUCCCUCUUGCUGUUGUUUCAAUCAAAUUAUCAUUAAACUGUUUAGUGCGAUUACAGCUCCUGUGGUUUCCGACAGGAUAAAUAACUCAAUUGAAAUACACAGACCUCUUGUGAAUGGUCUUGUUUGCUUUGGGUUCAUAAGAAGACAUCAAUACUGAUUUGUGUCAGAUGGAUACCUCGCUGAAAAUCUCCUCACAGGAGCUUAAGUGUGACAGAGUUGACCUCAUCUGCAACUGACAGCAGGCUUGUGAAUCUACCUUUCAGCUCUCCUCCCCUUCCCCCCUCUUUUUUUAUGUUUUUCUCUUUCUGCUGAUGUUCUUAUUAUCACUGCCAAUCUCUGCCACCUUUUAAAACUCAGAUACAAAAAUAUACCAGCUCACCUUUAUUUCUAAGUCACAUUAUUUUAAACAACUCAAAAGGGUAAAUUAAACCCUACUGGGGUUAACAAAGUGCCAUCCCUCACUAGCUCUUUUUCAGUGGAGUCACAUCUAAACCUGGGCGUGAGACGGGCUGGCUAACUGUUUCCCAAUAAUUUAAGAAGAGCAGGAGCCAUGGCGAUGGAUGUAACAUCAAAUAGACUCUGACAUGUCUGGAAUCAGCAAAACUUGGUGUUCCCUCAGCAUAAUUCCUCAGUUUCAUCAUCUUUGGUGUGUCAAAGACUUGAAGAUUACCUUUUGUUGUGCUGCUCAGCACAACGCUUCAUUGACUGGCAAGGUGAAAGGCCUUAACAGGGUGCUGUUGAAAUUGGGCAAACAAAUGAAACACAUGAAUUGCCUGGUAAAUUGAAUUUGGAGGUUGCUGCUAGUUCUAUCUAGAGGAACAGAACUGAACGAAUUAAGCCGGAUUGAUUUUUCUGUUUGUCUUCUUUUAUGUGUGUAGAUGUUUCUUCUUUAUUGACAUGCAUCCAUGCAGUCCUCACUAUACAUGUCCAUUGUUUCCUAGUUAAUUUUGUCUGUAAUUUAUCCUUGGUUACCACAAAAAGAGAUGGUAGAACACGACCGUCUCACAUGCUGUUACAGUAGAAUGUGUCUAGUACCCCUGCAAUGUAAGUUAAACAGCUAUGUUGUGUUUGCAGCUUGGCUCCAUGGCGACAUCAGGAAGGUUGUCUACCCAACUGACAGCCACGGUCAAUUCUGUGGUCAACAGAACACCUCUAAUGCGUGAGUGGAAAAAUAUCUGUCUUAAGGUCCUUUCACACCGGGACCGUUUUUGUCGUGAGAUAAUUUCAGACGUCAAUAUGUUUUUUUCAGACCCAUAUCCUGUCAAUACAAGUUUUCACAUCAGCAAGGUUUUCCCAUCCUGCGAUAUUGCGGCAUUUAUUUUUUCGGAUCAUGGUCGAUAUUUCUGAAGUCUUGCAUACUGUGUGUCCACUUCUGACCAAUCAGAUUGGGUGUUGUUGCGACGUCAGAUUCACGGUAUAUCCAACAUGGCCGGCCACUGAAUGCUUGUGAUCGUGUACACACACAUUACAACGAUUUGUAAUGCGUUGGAUUUCUGAUAUGACGAUGUUUUGUGUGCUUUAACAGUCUGCCAAACGUCUUUGUUUUAACUUUCAUCUGUGCUAACAUAAGCUAACGGUUGUUACCAUAGUUUCAUGUGCUCAUCUGGUACUGGCCUGACUCAGUACAGGUUAUCAUGACAGAAAGCCAUCUCAACACUAGUGUCUAGUCCUCUGCCUCUUCAAACUUGGAGCUAAUUGUUUCAACAGAACUUCAAAUUGUCCAACAGACAUCCAAAAACAGGUUCUGAAGCGACCGUGGUACAGUUUUAGCUCCUGAACCAAGCAGUGAAACUCACCAAGUUCUCUUCUUUUUUUGUAAUAUUGGAUGCACCCAUGUGCUACCUUUCUUUUUCUUUUGAGAAAGCAAAAGAAGUACCAAUUCGCCAUCACUUGAAGUUGAAGUAGACUCCAUUUUUGUCCUCGGCGCUGUAGGUUGUUAAGGGAAGGUCCCACCCUCCUUCGCCUCUGAUUGGCUAUAAGUGCUGACCGUUUGGCUUGAGCAUGUCAUGACGUUUCCAGCUUUUCCAGCCAAUCAGAGGCGAAGGAGGUAGAACUUUCCCCUGGGAAAGUCUUUCCCGGGAUGUGUCUUUUUCCCCCGGAAAGUCGCAAAUGUGUAAAAAAUUCGCCUACGAAUAUUUCGUGAUUUUGCGUUCUACAUUCCUGUCGGCCCCGGUGUCUAAGGACCUUUAAUGAAAAGUAAUGUUCCUCCUGGACUUGCACCUAUACAUGUUAUUAAUUUCAUCUUCUUGUGUAGUGAAGGGAUACAUGUCUGCUCAGGGCUUUAACAAUCCACCUAUGUGUCUGUUGCCUUUUCAUUUUUGUCUUUACAUUGAAAAAAAAAAACAAGAUCUUUGACUGUUAUACAGAGAGAUAGCUUGUGACUCAUUGUGGCAGGCUUCACAUACUCCCUUUCCUUCCUGUGUGUGUGUGUGUGUGUGUGUGUGUGUGUGUGUGUGUGUGUGUGUGUGUGUGUGUGUGUGUGUGUGUGUGUGUGUGUGUGUGUGUGUGUGUGUGUGUGCUUGCUGAUAAACCAGUCUUUCAAACUAGAAUCAACUCAUUGUCUCCAUUAUUUGCCUCCACAGAAACAAAGCCAUAUUAUUCUACUUCAACAUGUUGAAAUGUGCCAACCCUGCCGUUUUAAUUAACCUCCAGUGCCCUACAACCCAGGUAAGAGGCUGACCGAAGCCCCCUCCAGCAGCAUAUUUCUACUCGGCUGUAUGUUGCUCCCCAACUUUUCCUCCACGCUUGAUUAUCCAAGAUUGAUGGGCUCUCUCAUUAAAAAGACGUGUUGCUUCCUGCAGCUCUGUGUCUCCAAGUGCCCUGACAGAUUUGCCACUCUGCUGGAUGCGUGGAAUACCAAAAACUGGGAAUAUUACAAGAAAUUCUGCAAGCCGGGCUUUGAGAUUGGCAGCAAGGUGAGAGAGUGUUGUUAGAGGUCCUUCUGGGUUAUUUUCUAACAAGCAGAAUUUUUUUUUUAACUUUGCGUUUUUUUUUUUUUUUUUUAAGAUUGAGGUCUUACUCCUCAUUGUGAUGUUGUCGAGGUUAUAUUUUUUGACUCUCGGGUCAUGUUUGCUAGUCUUUCAGACAAAUUAUGUGCUUUUGCAUACCUCUCCCAAUACUUUUAUCAUCCUAGUUGUAGUGCCUCACCAACCAUCCACAGAUUUCAGAAAAGUCAUCACAAUGAAGGUCUCACUCAAACUGAAUGUACUUCGUAGAGACAAGCGGAAGUGAGAUAGCAACCAUUGAUGCACAUCUCAGCUCUGCUGGCGUUUGGCAGCGUCUCAGUGUCAGUGACGGUGGCAUGAUGGUGUGUAAGGACCAGAGUGAGGUGCUGUGUGGGAGCACCGAACAGCUCAAGCGUACUGUUUGAACUGAAUCAUUGAUUUUCCUUCCUACAUCAUCUUAAGUAUGAAACUGUUACAUCAGACAGACGUCAUCUGACCCAGUGUUAUUCAUGAUUAAUGAUAUUUCUCAUACACCCUGAUAAAAUCCCAAAAAUGUAGAUGUUUCUGACAGAAUACUCAUGAUAAUGUUAAUCUCCUUUUUAAAUUUAAAUCUUUCAUUUAAACAUGACAAAAUAUCAACCCUACUGAUGUUACUCAUGUGCAUGAUAUUAUUUUUCUGAUUUCAUAGACUAAACUUCACGUUUUUAGUGUUUGUGUCAUUUAAGUUUGUAAGAAAUCAAUUGAUUCACAUAAAUUCAGGAGAGGUCGCUUAACUUGAGAGAUUAGCUCCUACAAUUCUUGUCUAACAUCGAUGAAUAAUGUGUUGAAUUAAUCAGGGUUAAAUUUAGUUUCCAAUCAUUAAAAUUUUUGCCACAAUGUUUUCCUUCUUUUCCCUUUUGUAGGCACUAACAGAGGUUAUUCGCGAUGAAGACUGCCCGCCUAUGAUCGUGCCAAGCAAACCUUGUAAGUAUUUGUGGAUGACUCAGUAUCCUGCAGAAGCUUAUUAUUUGUUCUUCAUUCCACUAAAGAGUAAAAAAAAAAUGUCUAAAAUGUUUUUCAGUUCUUCAGCGGUGCUUCCCUGAUUUCAUCACAAGAAAUGGAAUCUUAACCGUAGCCAAUCAGACCAUCUUCACAGACGGUGACAACAACAAGAGAAGUGUCAGUGACCUCAGAGAUGCUGCCAAGUAAGAUCUGCCGCCCUGAAGUGGGACUCUCUCGCUCUUUGUUGUUUAAACAGUUAUGUAAGAAAAAGUCACGAUCUGUAGAUGAAGAGUUCACGUUACUGCAGGAGUUAAACUGGAUGAAUAUAUAUAACUGAACCUGUAAAUGAAAACUCUUAUACUGUGUGUAGGGUUGCCAUCACUGCACCCAGAGAUCUCUGGACAAAAAUUAAAGGGUAGGACAUGUGGGCAUGAUCUCACCGAUGCCCAGGAAUGUGUCAAAACACAUUCAGAGUUGUUUGCAUGUUUAUUGCAUGAAAGCUCAACUCGCUUAAGAGUUCAACAGUAGAACUUUGGGGGUUCAUAAAAGCUUACCUUUGCUUUGUAAAUCCAUGCUAUCAACAUACAAAUUGGCAGAACUUUGAAAAACAGCUAAAAUCAUGUAUCCAACCCAGUGAGCUGAUAUUUUACACAUACAUGAUUCUGUCUUUGCUUUGUUCGCCCUAACUUGCCUGGUUUAAAAUGUGUUUUAUUGCUUCUGUUUUUUAGCCAAAUUACUGCUGUGCAGCAAGGAGUGGAAAGGUCUCAAGAAUUAUUUCCCUCAGCUUUUUAACGUCGCCUUUGCUGUAGCUUGAAGUAGACUAAUCCUCCUGCUUGUGCUCUUCAUGCUAGAGAAUCUGCUCCUGCUUCCCUCCACCUGCAAAAGUGGACAGGAAUUCGGACAGAUCGACAGUAUUUUGGCAUUUAACAACCUAAAAAAACAAGUCACUUGCCUCUGUCUAAUAAUGUAGAGAGUGAUGGGGUGCCCCCUGGUGUUCAUUAGCCUCUCCCCUUUGGAUUUGAUUUUAAUGCAAGAUUGCAUAACAGAGCUGGAUAGGGUGCAAACUCUCCUCGUUGGACAGGGUUUCAGUGACCUUUAGGGAGCUAAAUUAGAGCUUUUCAUCACAGGGUUGUUUUCAGAACUGCCUGUUACUGUUCUGUUUGUCCCAUAGCAAAGUUAGCCUGCCCUCUCUCCUUCUGUCUUUACUGUAUUUAUCUGAGUCAUAGGGCAGUGUAUCUGCAGUGAGACUUUGCAGUACUUCUGUUCUGACAUUGCCACCCGUGUUGUAGUUUCACUUUUUCAUGAAGAUUUCAACUGAAGGGAAAAGCUCAACCCAAACUGUCAGUUGCUGUUUAAUGGGACUUUGUAUUAUCUCAAUUUGUCCCAUGCAAGUUUAUAGCUGGUGGUAUGGGCAUCUCCACACCCACACUGAUCUCAUUUGAGUUGAGAAAAGAUGAGUCAGGAUCUCUUGAGACAGAGGGUCACUUACAAAAAAAUAUCAUAUCUGAGUCAUGAAAGCAUUCCCAAUAACCUGAUACAGUCAUUAACACACUGCUAAACCACUCACUGCCAUACCAAACUCCUAUACUGUGGCUCAGGUAGUGGACUUCCAACUCCCCCUCCAUAUCCACAUAACAUUUUGAAGCUGGAUUUCAUUUGUUUUGCAGAGAGGGUAAUAAAGACUGAGAAAGAAAAAGUUUCCGAAAUGUUUUUGAUACACCCUAAUGAUUAACUUAUUAGAGGCUAUAACAUAAUCCUGUCACGGCUCCUCUCUGGGCUCUCCAUCAAUCCUUUUUUGUCUCCUCCUCACUAUCCCACUUUUUCUCUCCUCACCUUGUUGCUCCAUCACAGAAAUAUCACCCAAAUGCUGAAUGCCAAAGAAGUUGGCAUGAAGAUCUUCGAGGAUUAUGCAAAUUCCUGGGACUGGAUCCUCAUGUGAGAAUAAUUUACUUUAAUUUUAUUUAUUUUUUUCAUAUUUGCUCUUAAAUAUUUGUUUGAUUUGAUUCUCAGAGGGUGGAGGAAUUUUCUGCACCUGUUCCUAUUUGCCAAACAUCUUUCUAAAUCCUUAAUGAACCUAUUAGCUUAAGCUGUCACCAGUUCAGUGUGGCUUACUUUCUUGUGUGUUUGUGUUGUUGCAGUGGUCUGGUGAUAACUAUGGUGGUCAGUCUGGUCUUCAUCCUGCUGCUGCGCUUCACUGCUGGUGUGCUCCUGUGGCUCAUUAUUUUUGGUGUCAUCGCUGCAGUCGCCUUUGGUGAGUUUGUUAUUUGGCAAACUGCGUUGCUAGUGGCUACUGUUGACUUGGUAAACUUUUUGGAGAUAAUAACUUUAUUUCUUUCACAUGUUCCCUUUCCUUUCCAGGGAACUAUUGUGCCCUAAUUGCUAAGUGUGGCAGAAUUAACUUAUCUCACCAUUGUUGCAUCAUUUUCUGGCUCUCACCCUUUCCUGCUUGUUUCUCUGUCUCUUAGGUAUUUGGCACUGCUACUGGGAGUUUAUUACCCUGAGUGGAAAGCCAGGUGCUAAUGUCACCAUCAGUGACAUUGGCUUCAUCACAGACUUCAGUAUUUACCUUCAGCUCAGCCAAACUUGGCUCAUCUUCAGUAUGCUGUCAUCUUCUACAUUUAUACCCUUACCUUUACUUUCAACAUAAACUGCAUUUUCACUGACUGAUAACACAUCAUUUGUAUUUCAGUGAUCUCACUCUCUGUGAUUGAGGCUAUCAUUGUUAUCAUUCUGAUAUUCCUGAGGAAGAGGCUGCGCAUUGCUAUAGCAUUACUGAAGGAGGCGAGCAGGUUUGUAUGCUUUCAAGCUCUGUUGACUCUCUCAUAUUCAAUGAUAUAUGCAACUCUCUUUUGAAGUCCCACUGCGAUUGUUUUUUUUUUACUUCUUAGAGUGUUAUCAGUGCUCUUUUAAAUUGUGAUUUUGAAGUUUUUAGCCAAAAUCGUGUUACCUGUGUCAUUUUCAAGGGCUUUUCUUCAGCAGAGCUCCAGUAGCUCAGUAGCAAUUCGCCUCUGAGUUGUGGGCGGAGAGAGCUCUGCUCUGCACACUCCUCCUCACGCUAGCUUGUAGCCUAACAUUGACGGUGUAGUAGAAGUGGCAGGUAACAUAAGAUCUAUUCAGCUCCUGGACAGUAAUGUCUUUACGAACAUGAUUAAAGUUAAUAUCAUAAUUAGCUUUCUUACAAACAUUGCAGUCCGCUAAUGCACACGCUUGUUCCUCAAUCAUCCUCUCUACUUUUCCGGUUCUGGCCUGGAGAGCGGGGUUCCGGGGGCGGAGCUUGGAUUUGUGACAUCGGAAGUCUCACUGUAUCAGAACCUGCCAGAGAUUCAGAGCAAUUUGAAUGCAGAAAUACUCAGAAAUGCAAUUUCGCACUUACUUUAAGCAUCAGAAAAAUGCCAUAUAAACAUUUAGGCAACAAGAAAAACAUGACUUUCAGCGGAGAGUGUCUUUAAAUGCACACAACACAAUUUUUGAGAUGUUUUUUUUUUUUUUUGUAGGGCCAUCAGCUACACCAUGUCCACUCUCUUCUACCCUAUCAUCACCUUCUUCCUUCUGGCCAUCUGCAUCGCAUUUUGGGCCGUCAUAGCAGUGUAUCCUUCAUGAUGAUUCACAGCUUUAUUAAGAAGUACAUGAAUUUUACUACUUCUGUGUAUUCUGUUGUAGCCGUGGUAGUCAACUCACAUGACCCUGUAACUAACAUAUCUUUGCAAAGUGGAUUAAACUCCCUUCACUUGAUAUUUAAUGAGAUUUACAUCCUAGUGCAGGAUUUGUCAGACCUAGCUUUGUGUUGACAGCAUGUAGCGAGAAGUAAUCGAACUAAACAGUCGCUAUCUUGUAGGUAAUAGUUAAUUGUUGUGUGUGAAAAUUGUCCCUCUGUGUUGCCUUUAACUAGUUUUCCCCCAGCCUCUUAGCAUCCUCUGGUAAUGCAGUCUACAAGGUCACACCUGUUGACGAUAAGUGCAUGUAUGCCAACAUCACAUGCAGUCCAAAGGUUGGUCAUCUCCUUUCUGCAUUUACCAAAGGAAUUCUCUGUCAGUCAAAAAGAAAAAGAAAAAAAGUAACAGGUGUCACUUUUAAUACUGUGUUUUUUCUCUACUACAUUUUUGAAGUAUAUCUUAGGUAAUUUUUCAUCACACAGCUUUUGUCAGUCAGAGUGAAUACAGAGUAAUAGCUCUUUUUUUUCCAACUAGUGAAAUCCACUGAUGGUGAAAUCUUUCUUAAAACCAUUAGAAUCAAUUAAUAACAUAGAUGGAGUUCACAUUAGUGGCUGACAGUUUUAAACCCUUAUUUGACAGAAUUUCUUAAUUACCUCCUGGCAGAGUAAAAUGAGCCUGUAUGAGAGGAUACAUGAUUUGAUGAAGCACGAUAUGAUAUGAUACGAUGUGAAACACACUAGGAUUAAAUGGAGCACAGCUUUUCAUUAAUUUUCAUUAAACUAGGAAAUAAAAAAAGAAAAUGACUCCUGAUCAUGCACAACAGAGAAACAGGGAAAGUCAAGCAGAUAAAAAGUGACAGUUACUUUUUUGUGAUUGAGUAGUCUGCCCUGUUAGUAAGUCAGUGUGUACAAAUAUGCUUAAGUGAAUAAUCCUGAUGACACACUGAGAUAAAUUCUUCUCUUUUUUCAGACCUUCAGUCAGACUAACAUCACCAAAGUGUGUCCUGGCUCACAAUGCAUGUUUGCCUUCUAUGGCGGGGAGAGUGUGUACCACCGCUACAUCUUUGUCCUCCAUCUGUGUAAUCUGUUCGCAUUCCUCUGGCUGGUCAACUUCACCAUCGCGCUGGGCCAGUGCACCCUGGCUGGGACCUUCGCUUCCUACUACUGGGCCCACAAGAAGCCGAGCGACAUCCCUGUUUGCCCGCUCUACUCUAGUUUUAGCAGGGCUAUUCGGUGAGGAGCUCCAGCAGAUGUCCUUUUUACAUUCUUGUUAUUUCACUCAAACAAAGUCAGGUUUGAGUUGUAUAACACAACUAUAAAUGGUUAUUUCCAAAUCAGUGUUGUUGUCGUUGACGAUGACGUUGAAGAAAAUAUUUCGUCAACGUCCUCGUCAACAAAAACAACACUGCAGAAUAUAUGUUUAGCGUUUGAAUGAAGAAAUGCUCAUGAAAUUUGCAACUCUGUUCGUCGUCAUCUAAUCAUCAUCUAGUUAUCUAAUCUUUUAGUCAUCUUUAGUCAAUGAAAACAACACUGUUCCAAGUACAGGCAUGAACUCCCCGUAUCGAUUUUCUCUCUUGUUUUCCCAGUUACCACACAGGUUCUCUUGCCUUUGGUUCUCUGAUCCUUUCAGUGGGUCAACUGAUCCGAAUCGUUCUUGAAUACCUGGAUCACAAGCUGAAAGGUGAGUCCUACAACUGAAAAAGGAAACCUCGCUCUAAAACAUUUUAAUGAUCAUUUCAAACAGUGUCUUCAUGGGUGACAUUGUUACAGGUUCUCAGAAUAGGUGUGCUCGAUUCCUGAUCAGUUGCCUCAAAUGCUGCUUCUGGUGCCUGGAACAUGCCAUCAGGUUUAUAAACAGAAAUGCAUACAUCAUGGUGAGUGUCUGCAGUCAGAUCAGUUGCUAGUUGGCCUGAUUUGUACUUCAGCUCUUUAUAUUCUCUAAUAAGCGCCCUCUUUUUUCCAUCACAGAUAGCAAUAUAUGGAAAGAACUUUUGCACCUCCUCCAAGGAUGCUUUCUUCCUCUUGAUGAGGAAUGUUAUUCGGUAAGAACUUUCUUUCUCCUUUGAAGCCUCCUCACCGCCAUGUGCUCAGUAGUUUGUGCGCUUUCAUUGAUCUUUCUUGAGUCUGUGUCUACGUGCAUGACAUAUCUCCUCCUCUUUGCCUUGUCUCUGCCUUCUCCAUAGGGUUACUGUCCUGGACAAGGUGACAGACUUUCUGCUUCUCUUGGGGAAACUGCUUAUUUCAGGAAGUGUUGGUGAGUUUAAUGUCACCUCCAGUCUGUAAAGUGACAUAAGAAGAGUAAAGACAGGGUGAGGCAUCCUUCUGAAUUUUAAGAGGAUGGAAAAAUCAACUCAGAUGGUUCACAGUUGCUGAGAUUAUCUGCUGGCCUUUGAAAAGCUCUAAAUGUCUUGUUGAAAGUUUUAACAGGCCUUAAAUGCUGCUUGACUUGUUAGAUCUUAAAAACAAAUAAUUUCUUGUUACCCUCAGGAUCCCAUUACAAAAAUAUACGAUUGACAUAAAGGUACAUUUUGUUGCAGUUCUGCCACUGGCAAGGCCAAAGUGUGUUGCUGUGAUUUGCUUCCAGUGAGAAAGCCUUACUCCAUCAUUUGAUCUCCUUUUAUUCCAGGUGUUCUCGCUUUUUUCUUCUUCACUCGUAAAAUACCGGUCAUUCAAGAAGAGGUACCAUCCCUAAAUUACUACUGGGUCCCACUUGUGGUAAGGAUUUAAAGUGCAGGAUGUUUUUACAAACAGUUGAACCAGUAGUGACGAAUUUAUACAUUGUGUGGGAAGAUUGAUGUGUAUUCUGAUUUGAACUAAUUGCUGUGCACGCUAAAGAUGUUAUCGAUACUCAGAGGUGCAUCAUUAAAAUGUCCUCUUUGGUACAGGGGGAAAAACUGUUCGCAGAUUUUAUUUUUCUGGGUCAGGCAGCACCACUGAUGCUCUUCCUGUUAGCAUGUUUUUGUUACAACAGCUUCAGUUCUUCCACUCAUAUCAGAUUACAGUGUGGCAUCAGCUAAUUAGGUUUGUUGAAGGAUUAGGGUCCUAAUGCUUCAUUUGCUUCAUGAUGUUUUUGUGUUUGUUUGAGUGCAAAUAACUGUAGUGACAAUAGCACACUGGUGACUAAACUUGUUGAUUCUUUCAGACGGUGAUAUUUGGAUCCUACAUGAUCGCACACGGCUUCUUCAGUGUCUAUGCCAUGUGCGUGGACACGUUGUUCCUGUGCUUUUGUAAGUAUGCUAAUUAUCUUUCCCCUUUCGAAAACUGUCUCUGAAUGAAAACUGAAUCUAAUACCGACUCACUCAGCUCUUUUAUAACUCCUGCACGACCUCUCUGCACAAAAUCUCCACUAAGUCCUCCCUUUCCUUUUCUCUUCUCUUUUCCGGCUGUCGCUCUGCUCUUCCUGCUUCUCCUCUCCUGCGCUGGGACCCGGUCUCAGGUGAAGACCUGGAGAGGAAUGAUGGUUCUUCCUCCAGGCCCUACUACAUGUCACCUGGGCUGCAUAAAAUCCUGCGUAAAGGAGAGGAGGGUGCCAAACAAAGUGCUGCCUCCUGAGCAAUGCACGACUCUUUUUUAAAAAAAACUGAACUGCUGACUCUCUCAAUCACUUCUCCAUAUCUGCUGUAUGUGUCGGGGGGGCUGAACGUUUGAGAGCGAAAACUGUAGGGCUAAACAUCAAAACUGGAUGCAUCCACGCCUGGUCAGGGAUGACCUGGACAUGAAUGGACGUGCUUUUACUUCAGAUCCUCACAGAAAAGGCAUGGGGGACUAGAAAAAAAAGACAUCUGUUUACUUCCUCUCUCGAGCCAACUCAGAUACUUGCCUCUUUUUUCUUUUCUUCUGCCAUGCUUCAGUUCUUUUUUUCUUCUCUGUAUUCUCUGCUGACCUCUGCCUUACUGAGAGGAGACGUGUCAACGGGCAGGACAGGCGCACAGGCUGAGAUUAAUACCCCAACAAACUUGAGGACCUUAAACUGUACAGAUGCCACUGAUGGACAAAAGACAUUAGGCAACACCCUGACACAGUGGUGGACUUAACAGGGCACCCUCUUGUCGCACAUUGGUCUUCUAGUGUAAAAGUGUAUGCACUUUCACAUAUGGGAAAAGAACCAUGUGAUUUAUUUCCUCCGUCUAGCAUGAUUACUUUGCUGGUUGUUGAUGUUUACCAUUGGUUUUAUAGGUUGCUUUGGUCCACAGUAUUUAUACUAACACAAAUGCACAGGUCCAAAAAUGGUGUGUAAUUCUGCACUUAGCAAAAGGUUUCUUUUAUUUAACAUCUUUAAAAAAAAAUUUAAAAAAAAUCAUAAUCAUUUCGAAGUUUCCAUCAUGGUGAAAAGACGUACUGUAAACCAGACAGAGAGAGACUAUGUGGGAGGUCAAGACUUCAUAGGAUGUUUGAGAGUUUUUGCUUCAACUUUGAAAGAACCUGACAGUUUUUCAGGAAACUUCUGAAUGCAGCCACUAGUUUAUGUGCCUAGUUGUGUAAAAAAAAUAAAAUAAAAUGUUCCUCUUCUUCUGUGGUUUUAGACCUAACACCAGGAACCUUUUGAAAUACAGUUUAUAAAAGGAUGUCAAAGCCAUUUUUGGUAAUUUUUUUAUUGGAUGGUUCAGAUGUAGUGCUGUUUUAAUACUAAGUAUAAUACACGCAUCUCUCUGGAGGUUAUUCAGUGUUCUUUUUGUAUAGGAGAAUUUUUUUUAUCAAUGAAAUCCAAUGAAAUGUGAAUCAUUUUUUGGAAUAAACAUAAAUGGUUUAAGUA